CGUCAAAAGUUCCUUCCAACGAACUAGUACUACACUGCUUCGCGGCUCGGAAUUGUAUCAUCGAACAUGGCAUCUCACUUGGCAAACAUCUUCGGAACAGAGCAAGAUCGUGUAAAUUGCUCUUUCUACUACAAGAUUGGUGCUUGCAGACACGGCGACAGAUGCUCAAGAAAGCACAUAAGGCCACCCUUUUCGCAAACGAUCUUACUUCCAAACGUGUACCAUAACCCCGCCCAUGAUCCUAUUUGCAAGCUCACCGAAGCCGAGCUCCAAGAAGGAUUUGAUGCUGUGUAUGAAGAUUUGUACUGCGAAUUAGCAAAGUUUGGACACUUGUUGGAAUUACAUGUUUGCGACAAUGUCGGGGACCAUUUAAUCGGUAAUGUUUACGCUCGGUACGAGUGGGAAACGGAGGCACAGGCAGCUGUAGACAAUUUGAAUGAUCGGUGGUAUGCAGGACGCCCGCUAUACGCGGAACUCUCCCCUGUCACGGACUUCCGGGAGGCAUGUUGCCGCCAGAACGAGAAUGGUGAAUGUAACCGUGGUGGUUUUUGUAAUUUCAUGCAUCUCCGCCUCGCCUCAAAAGACCUAGUUUCGUCUCUCCGCGCAGGACAAAGACUAGAAAGGAGACUUCAUCCUUCCAAGACCGAAGGCGGUGGAGGAGGGUGGGAACCGAGCAGAAGGGAGGGCGGCCGCGCCAGGAGCGCCAGCCCAUCCAGAAGGGGUGGAAGUAAUGGAGAAGAUCGUUGGACAAGGAAGUAGAAGUUUCUACCCCACAUACCUGUCCAGUGUGGUCACGGCCAAAUGGCCUCACGGCACCUCGGUUGGGUUUAGCUUAAUUGUUCAUCUUGUGGACACGAUGUGAAUCUAGUUGUACUCCAUUUCAUCAUUGUGGUACCCAAGAGUUCUCACAGAAACGCCUUGAAGGUCAACGUGGUCACGAAUAGAUAU